AAAUAAAAGUGAGAUUCAAAAAUAGGCCUCUAGUGAAACGAAAUUUGAAGCCUGCGUAAGACUAGCCACUAGAUCUAGUAACUUAGUAAUAGUAAGUAAAAGACAAGAUUUAGAUCUAGAUCUAGUUCUAGAUCUAUCUUCUAUGUCUGUGGUCUACAAAAGUUUUAAAAAUCAGCAAGGAAAGAAAAAUUUUAACAGCUGAAAUAACUAGAGUACAGUGCAAUGGAGGAAACAACGUUGCUUUUCCGCCACCUGCCUUCUGCUCUGUCCCCAGAGGAGCGGAAGGAUCUCCUUCAUUAUCUUGGGGCAACACAAGUCAAAAUUAUGGGAAAGACUGGACCAAUGAAAAAUACAGGAUUUGCUGUGUUUGCAAGUAAAGAGCAGGCCACUAAGGUUUUGAACCAGCUUCACCAGGUUGAGUUUCUAGGAUCAAAGCUUGUGGUUGAGUUUGCUAAACAGAAACAGCCCAACCUGCCUUCAGUGGUGGAUAGUGAAGGGGUCAGAUGUAAAACAGAGGAAGAUGAUCCAAGCAUAGCCUCAGAUACUAAACAGCCACCACCAGAACCUAAAGAAAUCAAAUUUGAUACUACCUUCAACGUCUGGGGGUUAAAACACCCUCGCAGGCCAGAUCUUCGUUAUUUGUAUCCCCCACCCACCCCUUCAAUCCUAAGAAACAUAAUGAACACUCUAGCAGCUGUGCCCAAGUUUUAUGUUCAGGUUCUUCACCUGAUGAAUAAGAUGGAUCUUCCUGCUCCAUUUGGUGCUGUCACUAUCACCCCACCUUUACAUCCAGAUGUACUGGAGUACCAGAUAUCAGAUGAUGUUGACCAGAGAGAGAUGGACAUUUCUAGCGAGUCGGAAUCUGAGAUUGAAAGUGAUGCUGACAGCAUGCAAAGGGUAAAGGUAGAUAAUUCUGCUAAAAGACCCCAUCGUUUAAACAAGAAAAGGCCCAGUAAACGUCCAAAGCUGUCUGACCUACAAGACAGUGGUUUACCUGUUGUAUCUACCACACCCGUCCAAGUGUCUGAUGUCUUUGAGCAAAGCACCGGCGCUGGAACCAAGAAAAUUGAACUGAAAAUUCCAUCUACAAUUUUACCACCUGUCACCACUCUACCCCAGGCGGACCCAGUACAUAACUCUGGUGUCCCCCCUACAGACUCAACCCAGGUCAAUAAUGACCUGAAUACAAACUUGUUAGUUAGUCAGCGCCUUACUUCAGGAAUUCUGCUCGACACAGGUGAGAAAGUUGAAGAUACCAAACAGUAUCACUCAGAUACAGCAUUUCCACCUGUCCACCCCUCCACCGAUAUGGCUGACACACCUGAGGACAGUGGAUCUUAUGAUGUCCCUCUGCCACCUAAUUACUCAACAGAUCAGGCCCCACCCACAGCUCCUGUUGUAGUUGGAGGAUUUGGUAUUAUUCAACCUGUUCAAAAACCUGUAGAUAAAGAUGAUACACAAGAAAGUGCUGAAAGAGAAUGGACAAAAUCAAAAUUUAUUUCUUCAUCAGAAUUAAGAAAAUCAAGAUUGUCACAUUCUGAAAUGAAAGAGUUGAGUGUAUUUAAAAGAUACAAUGAAGGCGAGCCUUCUUGUCGUCUCUACAUUAAAAAUCUGGCCAAAACAGUUGAUGAGGAGGACCUUCAUUGGGUGUAUGGCCGCUAUGUUGACUGGGAUAAUGACAUUGAAAAAAAUAUAUUUGACAUACGCCUGAUGAAGGAGGGACGCAUGAAGGGUCAAGCUUUUGUUACUCUCCCCUCAGAGAAAGUCUCAGUCACUGCCCUUAAAGACACCAAUGGUUUUAUUCUUAAAGACAAGCCUAUUGUGGUUCAAUUCGCCAGGUCAGCUAAAGCUCACGAAGAAGAUACAGGCAAACACUAAAGGGAGACAAAACAAACAGCGAGGGAAUUAUCUGAUUUUUUUUACUACUUUGUUAUUUUGCUAUGUAAAUAAAAUACAAUACAUACAAGUUUAUGUAUAAUUUUA